AUGGCAUCAUAUCGUAAGAUCAGAAAACCCAUUAGAGAAUCAAAUUCAGCGACCCAAGCCAACCCAUGGCUCCCCACCGACGAAAGCAUGAAAAUUUUUAAAACCUGA